AUGUCCUUCAUAAAAACCUCGUUGAAAAACGCAAGGGACGCGAUCAAAGCCAAAAAUUAUGAAGACGUGAUAAAACAUUGUCAGAAUGUUUUGCAGUAUGAAGCUGAUAAUUAUAAUGCCUAUGUGUUCCUUGGAGUCGCUCAACUGAAUUUGAAUAAGCCAGAUGAAAGUGAAAAGGCUUAUCAAAGAGCCAUUGAGAUCAAUUCUUCUCAACUGCUUGCAUGGCAGGGUCUUGCAAACUUUUAUGAAAAACAGGAAAACUGGGUAAAGCUUGGUGAAACUUGGGUCGAAUUAUUGAAUAGGCAUAAGGAGAAAUCGGAAAGCAAAGAAGCGUUGGAUAUGAUAAACAAGAUCGUAGACUUACAUUUGAAUAAAGAAAAGGUUAAGAAGAAGGCGGUUGAGACUUUGAAGUAUUUAUUGCCAACAAGUCCAUAUUAUAAAUUGAUACAAGACUUGGACAAUUUUCCACCACCAAAGCAAACACUAUUACGUAUAAUAGAAUUGCUAGAGCAGGACGAGUCGGAGACAAUUAAACGUGAAAUCGAAGCAAGAAGAUAUCGACUUAAUGCGGGAACGCUAGCUACUAUUAGAGUUCAGGUUGAAAAUGAAGUUUACGGAAGUUCAGAGUUGGAAGGAUUCUAUGACUCCCUAUUUGAAAUUGUGGAUAAUAGUUCGGAGGCCUCAGAUAUCAACAAAUCUGAGAUUUCGGUGGGAUAUAUCUCACAUCUUCAAAAGAAACUGAACGCCAUUCCCUCAGAAAAUAGACGACGGGUAUUGACCGCGUUGAAUGAGAAAAUUAUCAAACGAGCCGAGCAGCUGGUCGAGCAAAAUGAUACAACUUCAAGUUUGCCAUAUGAAAUACUUAUUGAUAGGACCAAUGCCGUUACACUAGAUGAUUACGAUGAAGAUUUGCUGAAAGGUUAUUGUGAGAAAUUUCCUGAUACUGGCCUGUCAAAAAUAAUUCAGGCGUAUUUCAGGGCAUUGCAAGGAGAUACAUCUGAAGCUCAUGAACUUUAUCAA